AUGUCAGAAAACGAGAAAAAUCUGAACUUGUCCUUCCUCGACCGACAAUCACACAUUCGCAUAUAUGGCCGCUACUAUAUCGUAUUCCCUUUCCCUGACACAAAACACGCAGGUGAAGCCAUCGAUUCACUCCGCAUAGGCUUUAAAGAGGUAUUAAGGCGAUUCCCUUGCCUUGCUGGAACAAUCAACAUGCCGUUCAUCGCCAGUGAUUGUCUUCAGGUACUCUUUCCCGAUCCUAUCGAUCUAGAAGCAGAAGCGGCCCGUGUUUUCACUGUAAACUUAGAUGAGGCUAUCAACACCGAUUAUCACUACAACACGCUAGAGAGGACGUAUUUCUCAGCAGAGAACCUUCCUGCAGAGGUCUUUUGUCCUGCUUUGAUUAAAAACCAUCCUGGGCUGGACGAUGAUGACCCAUAUGCAGAACGAAUGAAUAGUCUGAAGAGGGGUCCACUCCCUGCUUUUGCUGCCCACGCAACAUUUAUACCUGGAGGCUUAGUCCUGAGUGUUUGGUUUCACCACGCUAUCACUGAUGGGGCUGGCAACGCGAGGAUCCUAGAGGUAUGGAGCGCGGCUGUGAAAUCUUUGAAUAUGUACACUCAAGAGACGAAACCUAGUAAGAUCAGCUCAAUGCUAAUCACAACGGACAAUAUUACAGAUGUCAAUCUUGCUAGGGGUGAUCUCGCUACCCUUGCACGACGGUUGAACGUUGAGGCUACUAAUCCACAGGCUGAAAGGGUACUGCAACAUUCAGCAAAUCCCAUCCACGAGCUACCAUACAAAGUCAUCACAAAGAUGUUUCGCUUCCCAAGUUCAGUCAUCACUCACCUCAGCAAAGCCAUGUCUCAGCACACAGAGAAACACAUAUCUCACUUCGCUUCUCUAGCAGGACUCGUCUGGGCCAACAUCAUCCAAGCCCGCCUCCCAGGAUUCAUCGCGGUCGGCAACACGAAAUCGACCUUAGCAGUCAUCAUCGACCUCCGAAAACACCUCCCUGGGCCCUUCUCAUCCUCUGACUACUUAGGAAACCUAGUAGCCUCCAAGAUGCCCACAUGGGAUCUUUUCCAAAGCGGCAAUAGCAUCACAUGUCAAAACAUGUCGGUAGAAACCGACUUCGAAGAGGACAUAGAGCACGCCAUGCUCCUCCCAACUAUAAGCGUCGCCCGCCUCCAAAUCAACAUCCAGAACCUCGCCUCUUUCAUUAAAGAUGUCGACGACGCUGUCCACAGCGUCGACGAAAAAUGGAUUGGCAGGAAAUUUAAUCAGAUCCUCGCGGACUCCACCCAAACCGACCAAUCCUGUCUCAAAUUCGGUAAUGGACCUGAUCUCUAUAUUACCAGCUGGCAGCACAUGGGCGCCGAUCGCGAGUGGUGUAUUCCUGGCACUUCAGAUGCCCAGCCCGCUGCUAUUCGGCGUGCGGCGUGGGUGAGCGAGGGAGGUAUCGUCGUGUUGCCUAGGAAGAGGGAUAUAGAGGGGAGGGAACCAGCGGCGUAUGAGGUUUUGGUCAGUCUUGCUGAGGAAGAUAUGAAGGGAUUUGAGGAUAGUCUCGCGGAGGGGAAGUGGUUGGAGGAUAGGCAGUAG